AAGGCAUUGUAGUGCCAUACGGUACUUAUUUUAUUUUAGUUUGGUUGUUUAGUUUAGUAGUUCCGUACUCGCUACCAAUAGUCGUUGUGGUUUCGUUGCUUGCACACAGACACAGACACACUCACACAGCUCGCCUUUCUCGGGACAAUAUCGGCUCGCCCCGGCCUCGGCCUGCGCUCCACUGCGCUCUACUCCACUCCACUGCACUGCACUCCACUCCGCCUAGAUGUCGUCAAAGGAAAUACCCAGGUCGUCGUCGUCGUCCCCGUCGUUGCCCAUGGCCAUGUCGACGGCGGUCUCGUUGAUCCUCGCGUUCUCGGGGAGUUCCCCGUACUGCUUGAGGUUCCUCGCCUCGUCGGCCGUGUACUUGUGGACAAUGUCCACCUUCUCGUCCUGGAAGUCUCGCUUGGCGACCAGGACGAUGUCUCCGGCGGUGAUCCAGACCUUCUUGCGCAUCUUUCCGCGGAUGUGCCCCAGCCGGGUGACACCGUCGAAGCAGAAGCACUCGCAGCGGCCGUUGCCGAGCAUCUUGACCACCUGGGAGUACUCCUGGCCGUCCUCCUUGAACUCGAGCUCGCGCUUGGAUUCCUCGCCGUCUCCCUUUCCCCGUCUCCGGUUCUUUCCUCCCUUUCCUGUGGUGUGUAUGGUGUAUGGUGUAUGGUGUACGUUGUGUGGCAAUGGUUUGCGACGACCCGCAACGAGUGCGGUGCAGCGCGGCAGCGAACGAACACGAUGCAAAAAGAAAUCRGAAAACAGGGGUGUGUGAGUCCAGAUCCAGAUCCAAUUCGCAAAAAAAAAUCCUCCAUCCUCCGUUAUCGGUUCCGUUCGCAAACAGACAAACAGACGGUGCGUUCUGUGUUCGUGGCUCGGUCACUCGUUCCUGUGCAACAGCACCGUUGUGUUGUGUUGCGUGGCGUCGCUUUUUGUCGCCUUGGGUUGUCUUUUCCGUUCGAUUGCCUUCGAUUCCGUCUCCAGAGGAACCAAGGGAGCAAGGAGACAACAACCAGAGGGAAGGACCGAGACGAGCGGCCGGGAAACAGCAAGCCAGCGAGGAGGAAAACAGGCAGCAACCGCAACAAACACAACCCCCGACGCCGCCGGAGCGGAUUUUGCGGGCGUYGCCGUGGUUGGAUUUGGUUUGGUUUGUUUGGAAGUUUGGUUUCGUUUUGUGUGCGGCCCGGAACGAAACCCUCGGGUUCGAAGCGAAACGGCUUUCUCUUGGAAUGCAUUGCAUCGCAUCGCAUUGGAAUUGAAUGGACCAGACCAAUGGCACCGCGAUCCUCCUCCUGUCCAUUUUCUCGCAUUGAAUUUGAUU